AUGGUGUACGCGCCGACACAUGCAGCAGGAGAAUGGGCUCUACGGGAUCUACGCGCAGCUCUACCUGGGCGCCACGUGUUGUCUAUUCCUAGUUGGCAGGACACUCUGACGUUGGCUUUCGCCUGCGGACUAAGCGACGGCACUUCGGGGGGCGCCGCUUGCUCAUUCCAGAAUCAAGUGCUGCGAAGCUGUAGUGACAACCACGGCCAGCGAGUGAUUGCCUCGCCUUCCACCGCCAAGACCAAGAAGCCGGGCAUCCUGUUGCUGAUGGGCUGCUUGCCACUGGGAGGAGCUGCUCGCCACUGGGAGGAGCUGCUCGCCACUGGGCGCAGAGGAGCUGCUCGCCACUGGGCGCAGAGGAGCUGCUCGCCACUGGGCGCAGAGGAGCUGCUCGCCGCUGACCCGAAGGAGCUGAGCGUAGCGGAGGAGCCAAGCGCGAUGAAGGCGCCAAGUCCCACGAAGACGUCGCCGGACGAAGGAACCUCGCGCGAAGGGGCUGCUCGUUACCGGGUUGGACGAGCUACACGCCACCUGCUUGGAGGGGCUCCCCUCCCCACAUCAUUCGACAGUCGUAAAACAGCAGAGAACUACGGAGUGGUCGCGCGCUACGGGGAUACGGCUUGGCGUCAACAAGGAGGAGGUGGCGAGCGGCUGCAACUAUGUGAGCACUGA